GGGGUCAGAGCGACGGUCGCGCAGAGAGGAGACUGCAGCGGGGGCCGGCUCCCGAGUCUGGGAUUUGGCCCGUGGUGCUGACCUAGAGCUAGAACAGUGGCCGUCCGGGCACCCUGGCCUGAGCGCCCGCUCGCUGCUCAGGGUCCUUCGGGCCAAAACGCAGGAGGCCAGUGAGUGAACAGAGGAAGGCCAAGAGGGCGAGAGCGCCCUGUGAGCCGAGCAGCUGAGGCGGCCGGGGGCCCGGGCGCCAUGUCCAUGGAGGACCCCUUCUUUGUGGUGAAGGGAGAGGUCCAGAAAGCAGUCAACACUGCCCAGGGGCUGUUUCAGAGAUGGACGGAACUCCUCCAGGACCCUUCUGCAGCAACAAGGGAAGAAAUCGACUGGACCACCAACGAGCUGAGAAACAACCUCCGAAGCAUAGAGUGGGAUCUGGAGGACCUCGAUGAAACUAUCAGCAUAGUUGAAGCAAAUCCUAGAAAAUUCAACCUUGAUGCAACGGAGUUAAGUAUAAGAAAAGCCUUCAUUACAAGUACUCGACAAGUUGUCAGGGACAUGAAGGAUCAGAUGUCGACAUCAUCUGUGCAGGCAUUAGCAGAAAGGAAAAACAGACAGGCACUGCUUGGUGACAGUGGCAGCCAGAACUGGAACACUGGAUCGACGGAUCAGUACAGUCGCCUUGAUCGAGAGCUGCAGUUAGCCAAUUCCCAUUUCAUCGAGGAGCAGCAGGCACAGCAGCAGUUGAUUGUGGAACAGCAGGAUGAGCAGUUGGAGCUGGUCUCUGGCAGCAUUGGGGUGCUGAAGAACAUGUCCCAGCGCAUAGGAGGGGAGCUGGAGGAGCAGGCAGUCAUGUUGGAUGAUUUCUCUCAUGAGCUGGAGAACACUCAGUCUCGGCUAGACAACGUGAUGAAGAAACUUGCAAAAGUGUCUCACAUGACCAGUGAUCGACGCCAGUGGUGUGCCAUCGCCAUCCUCUUUGUGGUCCUGUUGGUCGUGCUGAUCCUCUUCCUAGUGCUGUGAUGGUGGCUGCCACUGUGGUUCCUCCUGCCCAGGAACCAGGGGAGGAGGAGAAACAAGCACACUCCGUCAACUCACAUUCCUCUCCGGGAAGCCUGCCGCUGUGAGGAUUUCUCUGUGUGGCUCACAUUAGAGCAGCUCCUCCACCCUGCGCUGGAAGGACCACAGGAAGAGGAAGGAGAUGACUGCACUCCAGGCUGGAUGACAAAAGCCCCUCUUCCUGUGCUGACUGAGGAUAGCCAGCUACUGUAUGCCUUGCUGGACCUUGCUCCUGGAGGAGGGACUGUAUCAUCCAGAAGAUUUAGAAGACCCACUCGUUGCUCAUCCAUCCAGAUGGGCACUGGUGUACCAUCAAAAGAAACUUGUUGAGAAUGUGGCUGCUGGGUGUGCUGCAUUUCCCAUUGCUGUACAUUUCAUAGUCCCUGAGGGCUGGUUACGGAUGAGGACAGAAGGCUCAGAAGCAGUUUGCAACAGAAAAUAGUAUCAUUUUUCAGGGAUAAGUGCUAAGAUAAAAUUGCUUUUCCAGGUGCAAUUUCUUUUUCUUUUUCCUUUUUCUUUGCUUUUUUCUUUCUUUCUUUUGUGGUAGAUAUAACGAAUGGAAACUAGUGAAACACUGUGGGGCAUAGGGAAGCUAACAGCUUGCAGCUUACUUGUGGCUUUAAUGGACAGGAACAGUUAAAAAGGGCAGUGGGACUUGAUUGAUUGGGACAGCUUAGGGAAGGGUUGAUGACAUCACCAGAGCACAGGACUCUAUGUUGCUGCCCCAGGGCUUCCCCCGGGGGUACAAGUUACAGUUUCAGGGUGACCCUUAAAUCUGUUGUUGAACAGCUAGGUGUGUUGGAAUGAAUUGGACCCUGUAUCCUUUUUGACACUUUUUUAUUUCUGUGGCACUCUACACUCAGAGAUGGGUUUGCAGUAGUUGGUGUAUCCAGUACAUUCACAUGGAAACUCUCAUGCUACCAAAAGGCUAGAGCAGAACUCUGGACCACACUUCUCUUACCCUGUUAGUAAUGGCAACUUGGUUGUAGAACUUGAUUCUUUCUUCCCCAAGGUGACAACAUGACUUUAUCAUCCAUUUAGAUAACUGAGCCAAUUCAGAUUUAAUGUUAGACGCUUUCAUUGAGUUUAUGUAGCUGAGACUGCUGAGACACUAAAACUGCAAGCCUCUGACGACUUCGGCGAUCCUCAGAUGUGCACUUGUAUGUGUGUAAGACAGUUUCUAACCUCUGUUGCAUAACCUGAUACGGCAGUGGUGGAUGCAGAGCCAGAACUUGGUGCUGGAGGCUGCCAGUCUCUCCACCGCCACGUGCACUGGGAAAGAGCAGCCACGCCUGGAGACGGCUCGAGCUUUGGUUUUCUCAUCUUUUUGAGCAUUCCUCGGCACACUAACUUUUCUUCUUUAAACACUUUGUUUUGUAUGUAUUUCCUGUGGUUUUGUUUUCUUGGUUUUUUUCCCCCCUUUUAUGAUUUGCAAUGGUGUGCUUGCCCGGCUAACUUUUAAAUUGCACUUUUUAAUAAAUAUCUGUAACAGUUUUUUAAAGAAGGAUAUUUUAUCUUGUGUAGGAUCAUUGUAGGUAAGAAAAUCUGCCUGUUGGAAGCUAAAAGCAAAUUUAUAAACAGAAAAGGUGGUUUACGUCCAUGUUUACACUCACUUUUAAUUUUUUUGAUAUAUUAUUUCUUUUCAAAUUAGGAAAAAAGUGAAUAUGACAAAGGGCUUGAAAGGAUCACUGAGUUAUUUAUGUUUUAAGACACAAAGUUUUAAGACUUACUGAAACAGUCUUCUAUAAACUUAGACCAGAGAUGGUCCUUUGCAUUAAAAUAUAGUAGAAGUCUUUUGCCAAAAAUAAGUGUGGAUUUUUCCCCAAGUAUUGUAAUCCAUGCUCCACAUUAUAAGAAACAGCUAGCAUCUCAAAGAAUUCUAAGUCUCCUAUCUGCUAUCUAAUUGCAUGUCAGUCAGAGCUGUUUGGAACACUGUCUGGUCGCUAAUAAGGAAGAUACUCCCAGUAGUUCAGCGAUCAAGUGUUGGGUCCCUUGCGUAAUUUUGUUUGAUACAUUUUGAGUUAUUGUGUUCACCUCACUGAUUUGAGGUGUUCACUAAACUGACUGCUGUAGACCUGACAAGCUGAAGCUGAGUGGGGAGCCAUUUAGAAACAAAAAAAAAAAUCAACCCCAGCAUGCUCCUACCUUUGGCUGAUCUGGUCCUGCUGUGCCCUUCCCAGCCUGUCCCUGCAGAAUGGGAGUUCAUUUUGAAGGUUCUCCAUUUAGACUCUAAACUGGCAGCCAAAGAUAACAAGCAAUGGGGCCUGCAUUUCCUUUGGAGGACAAAUACUCCUCUUCGGUGUCCAGGGAACCUAACUGGUCCCUUCACUCCUGUGUCCUGGGACAGCAAGAGAAGGCAGGCAGCAUCAGCACUGCCCAAGUGCCCGCUGGUGGGCACUGGGUCUUCUGCACCAAGUCUCAAAUCCAUCGUGUUAAAGAACUGGCACAAUGCGAUGGGUAGCAGAGAGGCUCAAUUUAUGUUCACUGGGAGAGCAUUUUAUUUAACUGAUCUAGGGGUGGGUGAGAUGUGGAAUGAACCCUUGAGAGGUUUUGCCAGAGUGUGAUUCCAACCGGAAAACCAAAGUACUUCAGUCUUUAGUCCUAAUUUCUGGUCUUUGUGUGGAAUGUGAAAAAUUGCAAUUCAAUGCCUGCUCUGGACGGUGUGGCAAAUGGGACUGAAGUGUGUGAUACAGCACGGGUGUGGGUGUGUGUGUUACAUGCAGCUCUUCCACAGUUUUAGAAUUUGUGCCAGAGCUGGAGAGGGGAACUUGGUAACUUGCCCAUUAUUCUCUGCUGUUAGCCAGAGUUAAACAGACUGAUGGGUCUGGUAGCCAACAACUUGGCAACCUCCACUCCUUCUCACCUCGUGCGAUUAAGGGCUGUGAAAAGAAAUCUAGUCUAACUCCAACAGAAAUCUGUCUCUGUUAAGUGUUUUACCUUCUGUGAGUAAAGGUGAUGGAGCCAAGAUUUUUCUUUUGGUAAUUUCCCUGGAUAUCAAGUGAGACCAGAGGGACAUUUAUUCCCUGUUACCUUUUUGAAGAAUUCAUAACAUUUGAUGAUCAAGGUAUUGAAUGAUAAACAUGAGUUGCAUUUCGACUCUGUGGGCUUUGUCCUGUUUGGCUUCAUCUAGUCCCAAAGGCAGAUUUGUAAACAAAACAAAAAUGGACUGCCUCGAAAGCAUGUUCUAAGGUGUGGAAUGCACUGCCUCUCCUUUUCACUGGCCUUUCUUUUCCUCCCAAGUUUACAUGACAGUGCAUAUACUUUUCUUUGGUUUGAAAAGCAUGUUCUUUGCUCAUCAAGAUUGGACAGAAGAUGAAACUAAAAGGCUCCUAGAUUUGUUUCCUGCUCUGUCACUGUGCACCCUCAGCACAGUCAGUUCUGGGAUUCAGGACAAUAAGGAGAGACCUUGGAGCCACCAGGCCACAGCUGCCUUGCUCUUCCUGGGGCCUGUGCUUCCAGGUAGGGGAAGUUUAGCAACUGCUCGAACCCGAUUCCUACCUUUGAAAUAUGCUUACACUUAAAAUGGUGCCACCCAUGCGAGGGCUGCACUGGUCUCCGUGUAACCACGCACCCUUGUCACAUGCUACUUGGUGAUGCUCACUGUGAAACUGGUCUCUAGUGUUCAGUGCAGAAAAGCAAGAGAGCUUUGAGUGAAGUAGAGCAACUCUCGGCAUUCCCGUGAGUGCUUGAGCUCCCUCCUGGGCUUGAGAAGUUGGAUCUCUGGAGGUACAACCUUGAUGGUAGACUCGGAGCUGUGGGUGCUUGAGUGAAAUCCUCCUGUUGGAGCAGUUCCAACUCACCCCCGUAUGAACGGGAGUCACCCAGUGUCUGCAUUCUGGAGCCCACAUGCUUUGUGAGAGGAGCUGAGGCACUUAACGCUGACCUCAGACACAGAACCUAGGGAGAAUGAUGCUAACUCACCCUUCCCAGAGCCUUGGUGAUUUUUUUUUCUUUUACCUUUUAGACAAACAUUGCAGUUCUGAAAAUCCCAGGGCACCAUGCUCAGGUUGCAUGAUCUAGCUCUAUCUGGGAGGUCUUCAUACAUCACAGCUGCUGCUGAGUCAGGUAGGGGCUGGGUGAGGAAGGGAGAAACAAAGUUGGUUUCUCUCUGCUUUAAUAUGUUGGUGCUAUUUUCCUUCUGAUGCAUCUACUGUGCUGAGACUGUGAGGGUCCCAAGUGUCAGCCCUAGUCCUCGUGUUUCACAUGAACAUUUCACAGACCUAGUUGGCCAGCUCUGCCUAGACUGAGAAAGUAUUUCACUGAUUUGUUUUUUAAGGCCUUGAGUUAACCAAACUCCACUUGGUUAUUCAGCGGAUGUUAGAAAUAAGACCACCCACCUUCCGUGCUUGUUGACCAGAACUCUUGGGCCCCUUUCCAGCAGCUCUGCACCCUCCAAGCCAAGCUUUUUGUCAGAUCUGGGGUGGCACAGUGUUCAAGACUCUUUCCAGCUCCACAGAGAGCGGAUUCAGCUGAGGUGCUCUGCUUGUAGGCAGGUGUGACUCUGCUGCUAAUAAGCAGUGUCCUGGAGAAACACAUCUUCCUCCCAGGAAAACAGAUGUCCACGCUGUCAUCUGUGGGUACGGAGAGGACAGCCAGGGGUCCUGCUAAUAAGCUGUUGGAACUGCUUUUUGAGUUCUCUGUGAUUACUUCCUAAGCGGCCCCAGCUGGACUCUGCACUCAACAGACAGACUUGAGUGAAGGCCUUGGGUGAGGGGCGGCCUGGAAGCCAUGUAGGAACAAGCAAAAGAAACCAAGCAGUAAAUGGUGAAAGAGGCUGUUUUUGUAAGUGGAAAUAUGUUUUCCCUGGCUUCUUUAGGAUCAGAAAGUAGUAUAAUUCAGAAAUACACUGUAUAAUACAGGGCAAGAUUCACCAGGAACAAAAUAUUAAGUGUUUUUCCAAGGAUGAAAGACUUCUUUUUUUUUUUUUUUUUUUGGUCUUUUUUCAUUUUUAUCGGUACCGGGGAUCGAACUCACGACCGCCCGCUUGCAAGGCAGGUGCUUAUGCCGCUGAGCUAAACCCCCAGCCCUGAUGAAAGACUUCUUAAUAACAGGAAGGCACACACUAUAGCUCUCAGUAUUACCUGGAGGCUUCUAGGUGACAUUUUUUUUCCACAGGCUGAGAAGAAGCCAGAGCUCUGGGAGGUGGCAGAGGAGGAGAAAUUGAGCACCCUCAUAGGUGGAUUUUAGUUUCCUUUAGACAGUGGCUGUCCAGGGACGGAGUUGACAUCACCUGGGAACUAGUUAGGAGUGCACAUCACUGGGCCUCUCUCCAGUCCGUGUGAGGCCAGCUCUCCAGGGAGUUCCGCAUACACCACUACAGCAUCUGGGACUCCAGGCUACAGGACGAGAAAGUCCUGGAGAAAUAAAACACCAUCCACAGCUUUUGAUUGUAAUCCUAAAAUUGAAGGACACCACAAACUUCAGAACUUUUAAAGAAUACUUACAAAAAAGCAACUAGCUACCCUUAAAAAUUGAUUUUUUUACAUCCUGAAGUCUUACCAGUAACGUUUCCUACUUCUGUUCUUGAAAUCCUGUUACAACGAUGAAAGGACAGUGUUCAGUAUUAAAGUGAAAUGAAAGACAGACCGAGAA